AUGGAAGAAGAUGAUAAAGAAAUUUAUGCACUUAAAAAUGGCCAAGAAGUUGUUAAAAAAUUCAAAGAAGACCUUUUGGAGUUUUUGAAGAGCUUUAUAGACAUUAAUUGGAAUGUUGAAAAAAUAAUUUGUCCACUAAAUAUUUUUCAAGAGCAGCCAGAGCUAUUAGAUUCAGAAUUAGAAAAUCUUAUUCAUCCAGUCAUUGAUGUUAUUAUAAAAGAAAUCAAAAAUAAAGUAUCUUGUGAUUUUUUUUUAUAUAUAAAUAGAUUAUGUUAUAUAUUAUAUAUAUAUACAAAGAUCUGUGGAUUUAAAACUAUUAUAAAAUAUUUCUAUAAUGAUUUUUAUUUAUUUGAAUCAAUUCUUUUUUAUAUGCAAAAUAUACCUCAGGAAGAUACAGAAUUAUGGAUUACUAGGUAUAUUCUGCUUUUAUGGUUAUCAUUGCUUUGUAUGAUACCGUUUGAUUUAUCAAGAAUUAACUCAGACUUAUCUGGAAAUACGAACAUUAUUGAUUCUUUAUUAGUUUUAUGUAAACGGUAUCUUUCUAUAUCUGGAAAAGAACGAGAUGCAGCCUCUAUUUUGGUAGGAAGACUACUUACUAGAAAAGAUACCUAUAAAUUACAUUUGCCAUCAUUUAUAUCAUGGAUACGAGAUACUUGGAUAUUAGAAACAACAUCUGAUUUUAUGAAAAUUGGAUUGUUAUCCUCAUUAUGUAAUAUUUUCAAAUCAAAUGACAGAAUUUUUCUACUUACAAUUGCAAAUGAUACAUUUUUAUUAUUGCAACUAAUAACACGAAAUAAACAUUCUAAUGACAAGAUAAGACAUUUAACAACAAAAUUAUUUCAACGGGUUUGCUUAUGUUUUCUUAAACCACACGAAGCAUCAUGGAUUCAUAAAAUAGAACAAAAUUCUUUAGCUAAGAAUUUGGGCAUAAAAGGCAUUGAUAUUCAGGAGUUAUCGGCAGAUAUUGAUGAUGUGGCUCUACAUCCAGCAAUUGAAGAAUGUUUAUACUUAUUACUAGAAAAUAUUUCAGACACCAGUACAAUUGUUAGAUAUUCAUCUGCUAAAGGAAUUAGCAAAAUUAUUUCUCAUAUUCCAGAGUCUAAUGCUAAUCAAGUAAUAUCAACAGUUAUUUCAUCAAUUAAGGAUCUAGAUGGUUCCUAUUCUAUAGAAACCUCUAAUGACAUAGUAUGGCAUGGCGUAUCUAUGACAAUUGCAGAAUUUUGCAGAAGAGGUUUAUUAUUGCCUUAUAGAUUAAGGGAAAUUUUACCAAUACUUUUAAAAGCAUUAACUUUUGAACAAAGGAGAGGAACUCAAUAUCUUGGAAAUAAUGUAAGAGAUGCAGCAUGCUAUAUAUCAUGGUCUAUAUUUCGCCGAUAUUCAAUUGAUAAUGUAAUACAUUUAUUUCCAAUGCUCGCAGAAUCAUUAUUAAUGGUUGCUAUAUUCGAUAAAGAAACAAAUGUUAGACGAGCAGCGAGUUCUGCAUAUCAAGAGGGCGUUGGAAGAUAUGGAGAAUCAAUAUUUCCUCAUGGAAUUGAAAUUAUUAAAGAAAUGAAUUUUUAUACAUUGGCUACAAAAAGAAAUUCUUAUCUUAAUGUUUGCUUUCAUCUAUUUAAAUUUAAUGAAUAUCAAGAUUUAAUAAUUUCUUAUUUAACUGAAAAAAUGGCCUAUCAUUAUGAUAAAAAAAUAAGAGAUUUAUCAUCUCAGAUUUUAGGAAAGAUAGCAGAAAUAAACCCAUCAAUUGUCUCAAAAGCUAUUCCAGUUUUGUUGAUGAAUUUUGAAAAAAAAGAUAUUAUUAUGCAGCAUGGAACUCUUGAAAUAUUAGCAAAAAUACUUACUAAGGUGCAGUACAAAGAUAUUCCUUCAGAUAUAAUUCAAAAAUUUGAAGAAUUAAUUUGUGAAGAAAUGCUACCAAAAAAUACCCUUAGAAUUUAUCCUGAUAUUUAUGGAUCAAUUUGUCGAUAUAUUAUUGAAAUAUCCAAUACAAAAUAUGCAAAAGAGGCAUGUUUAUUACAAUGGAUGGACUAUAUAAAAUGUUCUUUAAAAAUUGAUAGUAUUCACUAUGAAGCUAGUCAAGCGGUUAGUUCUUUAGCUAAAAGAUUCGAUCUUCGUCUACAAUUAAAUGAAUUUAUUAUACAUAUAAAAUCCAAUUUUAAUAAACAAGAUACUUUUACAAAUGGAUUACUCUGUGUAUUAGGAAAAAUUGAAUAUUUUGAAAACUAUCAAGAUAUACUAGAACUUCUUGUGCUUGUUUUAAUAGAGAUAACACCAUUGUCUGAUAUAACGUUUAAAAAAAAUUCAAUUAAAGCUUUAGGAGAGAUAUUAUAUUCUUCUAAAAAACAUUCAUCAUUGUCUUCAUUUAAUAUCCAAUAUUUACAUUUAGACAAAUUAACUCAGCUAUUUUUAAACGGUCUAAAUGAUUAUUCUACAGGAUUUGCGGGAGAUGUUGGAUCCUGGGUCAGAAAGGAAUCUAUGAUCUCUAUUUUUUAUAUUCUUGAACUAGCUUUUGAUUAUAAUAUUGAUUAUUUUUUAACCGAUGCAAUAUUUCAUUCCAUUAUUGGGAAUUUAUUAAGGCAAACUGUAGAAAAACUUGAUAGUCUAAGGGUUGUAGCAGGUUCUCAACUUCUUAAUAUUGUUAAUUUAUGUCAAAAUAUGAAAAAAUCAUAUUUUUCUCAAUCUAUUGAAUUAAUUAAAAAUUCUCUUAAAAGAAUUCAUGACUGGAGGAUUCCUAGGAAUGUAAUACCAAAUAUUAUUCAAUUACUUUGCAUUAGAGAAUAUCAAGAAUAUAUUCUUAUAGGUUUAAUAAAUAGUAUUAAUGGAAACGAAUCAUUGACGAAAGAAAUUGAGCACCAUUUAAUAUUUUAUUUAAUUAAUCUUCCAAUUGAAAAAAAUCAAAGUAAUUCUUUAACAUUAUUAAAUUUUAGCAAUUCAUUAUUGAAACUUUGUGAUUCAAAUAUUACUAAUAAUAAUUUCAUGAUAUGUUUCAUGAUAUUUUGUAAUAUUCUAUUUGAAAGGCUAAUAUUUGAAUCUCUUGUUGGAAAAUUUGAUUUUGAACACCUUUUUAACUGUAUCAGAAAAAGUUCAUAUAAAAGCAAAUCUAUCCAAAAGAUAUCAUUAUCAAUCAAAACCUAUGUAGAGAUCUCGAAAUUAUCUAUAAAAAUAGCAUCAGAAUCCCUAAAUGAACUUUUAUUACUAUUACAACAUUCUUAUCCCGUGAUUAGAGCUAGGGCAGCAGAAGGAUUAUAUAUGGUAUUAACUGAGAAAGAAUUAAAUAUUUCUAACCAGGAAUUGUAUUCAAAUCUCAUCAAUAUUCUUAUAAAAACUAGUUGGAUGGAAUCAAUAGAAGAAAAUAAGCAAUAUGUUGAAAUUCUUCAGAAUUCAGUAUUAAAUUUAUAA